AUGGCGGCGCUGUGCCGCGCGUGGCGGGCGCUGCUGAGGGCCCGCGGGGCGCGGGGGGACGCGGCCGGGCGGCGCGGGGUGCGGGCGCUGCGGCGGAGCCCCGUGCGGGUGCUGCAGCCGCAGAGCCCCCGCGACAGCCCGCAGAGCCCCGCGGAGCCGCCGCCGCAGCCUCCGCCGCCCGUCACGGAGCGCGGAGCGGCCGCGCCGGGGCUGUGGUACGAGAAGGCGGCGCCCGGGGAUCGCAGGCUGGGAAAAGUGGUGACUAUUGCCAAGUCAAAGAAAUUUCGGGAUAAUCACGGGAAGGUUCUGCUGGAGGGGCACAGGCUGAUCAAGGAUGCACUGGAGGCAGGAGCUGUGCCACAGACACUCUUCUUCAGCACCGUGGGGCACCUCAAACUGCUGCCUGAGGCAGAGAUAAAACGAGCCAGCUUGGUUAAGGUGAAAUUUGAAGACAUUAAGACCUGGUCUGACCUCAUAACUCCUCAGGGGCUUCUAGGCAUCUUUUCCAAGCCUGACCCUGCCAAGAUGUCCUACCCUGCAGCUCAGCUCGCCAGCUCCCUGCCACUGCUCCUCAUCUGCGACAACAUCCGAGAUCCAGGAAACCUGGGCACUAUUCUGAGAUCCGCAGCAGGAGCAGGCUGUGAGAAAGUGCUGCUCACCAAAGGCUGUGUGGAUCCAUGGGAGCCCAAGGUGCUCCGUGCAGGCAUGGGGGCUCAUUUCCGUGUGCCCAUCAUCGCCAACCUGGACUGGGAGUCUGUUCCCACCAACCUCCCUGCCGGCAUCCAGGUCUGCGUGGCCGACAACAACGACCCCGACACUGCGGCCGGCUCUGCUCCUGCCAGCCCAAAAACUCCUGUGAAAUCCAGCCCUAAGGCUGCUCCUGAGCAUGAGGAUGAGGAGGGAGCAGCAGGAAUCCCAGAGCUGGCUGCUCAGCAUUACUAUGAGGACUGGGCACGGGCUCCAGUGGCCGUGGUGAUCGGAGGGGAGACGCACGGCCUGAGCCCGGCCGCGCUGCGGCUGGCAGCCAGCACCGGGGGGAAGAGACUGAGCAUUCCUGUGGUGCCAGGUGUGGACAGCCUGAACUCUGCUAUUGCUGCUGGCAUCAUGCUGUUCGAGGGGAAGAGGCAGCUGCUGUGGAGGCACAAGCAGGAGGAUGGCAGGCAGAAGAUGCCUGUGCCAGGCUGAACUGCUGAAGGAGCACCUGUGGCCUUUGGUUUCCUUGAGAGUUAAUAAAAGAGCAGCUCGGGCUGUUUGGUUUGUAGUAAAUGAGUA